AUGUGGUCCCCGGAACGGGAGGCCGAGGCCCCGGCUGGGGGAGACCCGGCGGGCCUACUGCCCCCCGAGUGGGAGGAGGAUGAGGAGCGCAUGUCCUUCCUGUUCUCCGCCUUCAAAAGGAGUCGCGAGGUGAACAGCACCGACUGGGACAGCAAGAUGGGCUUCUGGGCGCCGUUGGUGCUGAGCCACAGCCGCCGCCAGGGGGUGGUGCGCCUGCGUCUGCGGGACUUGCAGGAGGCCUUUCAACGCAAGGGCAGCGUCCCGUUGGGGCUGGCCACCGUGCUGCAGGACCUGCUGCGUCGAGGGGAGCUGCAGCGGGAGUCCGACUUCAUGGCCAGUGUAGACAGCAGCUGGAUCUCCUGGGGGGUCGGAGUCUUCCUGCUGAAGCCCCUCAAGUGGACUCUUUCCAACAUGCUAGGGGAUCAUAAGGUUCCUGCCGAGGAGGUGCUUGUGGCUGUGGAGCUUCUUAAGGAGAAGGCUGAGGAGGUGUACCGUCUGUAUCAGAGCUCCCCGCUCUCCUCGCACCCCGUGGUGGCCCUGUCGGAGCUCAGCACCCUGUGUGCUGGCUCCUGUCCGGAUGAGAGGACCUUCUACUUGGUGUUGCUGCAGCUGCAGAAGGAGAAGCGGGUCACGGUCCUGGAGCAGAAUGGGGAGAAGAUCGUGAAGUUUGCCCGAGGCCCCCACGCCAAGGUCUCGCCUGUCAAUGACGUGGAUGUGGGGGUCUACCAGCUGAUGCAGAGUGAACAGCUGCUGUCCCGCAAGGUGGAGUCCUUAUCCCAGGAAGCCGAGAGGUAUAAAGAAGAAGCCCGCCGGGCAUGCCGAGCAGGGAAGAAGCAGCUGGCCCUGAGGUCUCUCAAGGCCAAGCAGCGGACAGAGAAACGCAUCGAGGCCCUGCAUGCCAAGCUGGACACAGUUCAAGGCAUCCUGGACCGGAUCUAUGCCUCGCAGACAGAUCAGAUGGUUUUCAAUGCCUAUCAGGCCGGGGUGGGAGCACUGAAGCUCUCCAUGAAGGAUGUCACAGUGGAGAAGGCGGAGAGCCUUGUGGAUCAGAUCCAGGAGCUGUGUGACACCCAGGAUGAAGUUUCUCAGACACUGGCUGGCGGGGUAACCAACGGCCUAGACUUUGACAGUGAGGAACUGGAGAAGGAGUUGGACAUCCUGCUUCAGGACACCACCAAAGAACCUUCGGAUCUGCCUGACAACCCCCAGGAGACGUUUUAUAUCAACAGUGUGCCUAACACUAGGAUCUCAGAUGCCGAACUUGAAGCUGAACUUGAGAAAUUGUCCUUAUCGGAGGGAGGUUUGGUCCCAAGCAGGAAAUCUCCAAAAAGACAAUUGGAACCGACUCUCUAA